AUGUCGGAAACAGAGAAAAAGGAAGAUGACUGGUUUGGCCAAAAAGAGAAUAUUCAGCCGAGAAGAAAGGGGCAAUCUUCAGAUUAUCUGGCAAGACUGGCAAAACAAAACGAUCCAGAAUUCCAGGCACGAGUGAAAAAGGAGCAGGACGAGUGGGAAAAUCGAGUCAGAUACGAAGCGCAAGAGAAUCCAAUGAUUUGGCACGAAUACUUCACUUGGGCGAAUCAGAAUGUUUUCGAUAGUUAUCAACUAAAGAUUCUCCAACACAAAGCCCUAAACGGAAUCAUCCGCAGCGAAAACUCUCUCGAGCGAUUCGGCAAAAACGAAAAAGUUUUCGAAUUAUUCACCAGAGCAGUCGACGAAGCUAAGAACUGGCAAGAAAUCAUGAGUUUUGUCCGUUCAAAGAAGUUUUUUGUCAACAUGGCGAAGUUCUGGACGAUCUGGGCGGGAAGACACGAAAUCGAAGAAGGAGUCCGCGAAGCUGAUGAAAUUUUGACGGAAGGAGAGAAAUACUUGGCGGCGAAAAAAGAAGAACUCGCCGAGUUGCGAAAGUGGCGGAGCAAUAUGGACAUUCGAAUCGCUCUCGGGCGAUCUCGACAAAGAGCUAGUGACUUGGAAUCUGAUAAUUCGGAGAGGCAAAGGAACAGGUCGACGAGGCCGGCGAGGAAGUUCGGAACGAUGAUCAAGAGGGACGACGAUCCACAAGGAGAUAGACCUGGUGGAGUUAAAUCGAAUGCGAAAAGAACGAUUUCUAUUUUCAAAGAUAAAACGGAGCCCACGACGGUGGCGGGUUUAGAAGGAGAUUGGAAUCGCCAGAAAGUGCCGCCCAACAUCAAAAUUAAAGGAAAAGAAAACAAAACAAAGGCGGAAAAGUGGAAUAAAGGAGGACUCAAGGAUAUUGAAGCGCAUGUUCCAAAAGCGUCGAAGUUGAUCAUUCCCAUUGACGAUGAAAGUGACGACUCGGAUGAUGGAAAGAUCACGAAAGGAAGCUCGAAGUCCACGAAGGGACAGGGGCAAUUGAAGGAGAUCAAGGGAAAGAAACUCGACCAGUUCUGGAGCUUCGAUGAAGAGAAAGAAAAGGAAAAUGGAAAACAGAAGUUUAUGUACCGAAAAAAUGAGAUCAACAUGGGACUGAAAGAAGUUUCCUUCGAAGAGCUGCGCGCAUUCAAGUACUCCCGCUCGAUCGAAAAAGCCGCUGCGAAAGAAAAAGCGCUUGAAAAUAUUCGCACUCCCGUUCAGCGAAAACUUGACGAAGACGAAAUGCUCAAACGAGGCCAAUUCUCGCCCGACGCCGAAGCCCACGAUUUUUCGCCAGUCAAAUUGCAAUUUGCGGAAUCGAAUUUGGACGAGUUGGGCUGCGGCUUGAUUCCUAAAACACCCGAAAUCGAAGCAAGAGAUCGGAAACUCUCGCGCAUUUCCGAAGAAGCCAGCGUCGAUUUGGAACUUGAAAAACUCCCUGACGCUGAAGAAAAGCUCCGGGAGCCGGUUGUGAAGAAAUCGAAGAAAAAACUUGCCUUUAAAAUUUUCUGCGAUGAUCAAUAA